GACCCUAUGGCAUCCGAGACCUACAAAGUCAUAGUCUCUUUUGAAUUCAAGGAUGACAGAUUCGAUGAGAUGCCCCUACCCAGCUUUUGUGAUGAAUACUCUGAAGCAAAUUUGUGUUCAUUGGGAGGGUCCCUUUGCUUACUUGGUUCUAUGCACCGAGGUCGCAUUGAUGUAUGGGAGAUGAAGGCCUAUGGAGUGACAGAAUCUUGGGAAAAGAAUUUCACCGUUGAGCAAGCAACAAUCUGCAAGUUCUUUGGACACUUGAUUCCACUUCAGUUUGUUAACAAUGACAAUGUUUUAUUAGGAUAUGACACGGGUCUCGAUUUUUGUCUGGAUAUGUAUGACUUAAAGCGUGGAACUUCGAUAAAUCUCAAGGCUCAUGAUGACUUUGAUUCAUACUCUUCUACUACCUCCAUUUAUGUGGAGAGCCUUGUAUCGCUUGAUUCUAGCACUUAUGUUGGGCAAGAUGAUCAGUCAGAAGGCAAAGAGUCAGAAAGUGAUGAUGAUUCAGAAGAGGAAGACUCGGAAGAUGAUGACGACUCAGAAGAAGAGGAGCAGGGAGAAGAAGAUAUUGAGACGAAAAAGGAAAGACUGCGAACAUGGGAAAAGUAUGGGAUUCCUUUCAUGAACAUUGGUGAUGUCAAUGAUGGCAAAGAAGAAGAAGGCGAAGACUACAAUAGUGUAGAAGAGGAUAUCAAGAACAAAAAGAAGAAAGCGAAGUUGAUGUAGCUCAUGAAGAUUAGAGUUAGAUGCAACCGAAGAACUCCGCUGACGAUCUUCUUAAUAAUUAUUGGUAUGUAGGUCUCCUUCCUAGUGAAGGAAUCAGUUGAAGAUUUUCGUGUUACUUAUGUUUUUA